AUGGUUCUACAAGCAGCUGCAAGGCUCUCAAAACUAUGGGUGCCAAACGGCGGAAUUGCUGCAACUGCAGCUGAAGAUGGUCAUUCCAAGUUGAUUCGCGCUGGGUUCCUGCGCCAGUCGCAUUCGGGCAUAUUCCACCUUCUUCCCUUGGGGCGACGAGUCCAAGACAAGGUCGAGGGUGUAGUCUCGAGGCACAUGGAAGAAUCGCUAUCGGCCUCGAGGGUCUCACUAUCGUCCAUAUCAACUGAAGCCUUGUGGGAGAAGAGUGGGCGUCUCCAGAAUGUUGCUUCAGAGCUCUUCAGGUUCUCGGAUCGCAAAGACGUGGCCUACUUGCUGUCGCCGACACACGAAGAGGAGAUUACAGCACUUGUAGCCCGGGCAGUGAAGUCAUACAAAGAGCUUCCUCUCCGACUUUACCAGAUUACGAGGAAGUACCGAGACGAAUUUCGCCCCCGUCAUGGUCUACUCCGGGGGAGGGAGUUCACGAUGAAGGAUCUCUACACCUUUGACAGGAGUCUCGACUCGGCCACUGAAACAUACCACAGUGUCCGAACGGCGUACUCUGAAAUAUUUUCCGAGCUAAAGCUACCUGUGCUUGCAGCCAAGGCAAGCUCCGGCGAUAUGGGAGGCAACCUGAGCCACGAAUAUCACCUACCCAUGCCACUUGGAGAAGAUCAGGUUGUCAGCUGUAGUAAGUGUGACUACGCAAUCAACGAGGAAAUCGCCAAUGUACGAGUACGCGAGGAGGCGUCUCCCGGUGCUCAAUUGGGCAUCUGGCGAGGCAUCUCCAAAGACGGAUCGACGUUGGUCAAUGUUUGGUACCCUAGAAGCGCCCGGCAACCUGGAAGCGCAGACAAAAUACGGGACUAUUCAGAUAAGGACAUCAACAUAUCUGCCGUGAGAUCCAUAGUCCCCGACUUGGUCGUCGGGGUCGAGGGCAUCCAGUCGUUGUGGUCGGCUGCUCUUGGCAGUGAGACAAGAACAGCAACUAGGCUCUUGAACAUAGUGGACGGCAGGCUCCCUCUCUCCCUGUCUGACAAAAUUGUUGGGGAAUUAGGGAUGUCAGCUUGGCCCGAAGGACUCAACUUGCCAGAACCACCCUUGGCCGUGUCUGUUCACGCCGGAGGGGGUCAGGAGUUUGGACCCCUCAACCUCCUUCGGGUUCGUGAUGGCGACCGGUGUUCGCAAUGCUCCUCGGGAACGCUGAACGUAAGACGGGCGAUGGAGCUCGGACAUACGUUCCUCCUUGGUACACGAUACUCUGAGCCGCUGAAUGCAAAAAUCACGAUACCUCCCUCGACGUCGGGCAUUCCAAUGCAGAUGGGCUGUUAUGGAAUCGGCAUCUCUCGGAUAAUUGGCGCCGUUGCAGAGCACCUGGCAGACAGGAGAGGGCUGAACUGGCCCAUCGCCAUCGCGCCUUAUUCCUGUGUAAUCGUUCCAGCUAGAGAACAUGAGGGGGAUGCGUUGGAGGUUUAUCAGACCGUUAUCAGAGACCUAGGGACCAUGGAAGGGCAAUUUGAUGCUAUCAUUGACGAUAGAAGGGCGACCUUGCCAUGGAAGCUAACAGAUGCCGAUCUCAUUGGCUUCCCAUUAAUAGUUGUGCUUGGCCGAGAGUGGCGCACAGGAAAACGCGUAGAGGUCCAGUGCCGACCGCUUGGAAUCAAAGAAGCGGUUACGAUCAGCGACUUACCGCAGUUUAUAAGGAAUUUAUAUAUACAAUUAUAA